AAAUCUUCAUAUUAUUCUCUUUCAUAAUUUUUCUCCCAAAUCUCUCACAUGAGUGGCCAUGCAUGGCAGCUGCUCCCAAAAUCUCUCUUCUCCAAUGCUCUCAAGCCUCCAAAACAGCCUCCCAACCCAGGCUAUGUACUUGUUUUUGUUUCCUCUGCCUCUUUUUCUAGCUAUAUUUUUUCUUCUGUCAGUAGCUCCCUGUUAUUUCUACUGUAAAUUCAUCUAGCUUAGCUUCUCCAGUUCUGUCUCUGAUUCAUUAUCCUCAUAUGCUUUAUAAAGGCCUGGGAGUCAAUUAAAUAAUUCCAAUCCCUAAUGGGCUGAAAGAAGAGAUGAGCCAAUGAUAUAUCUGUGUUUGCAAUGUUUCCCUCUUACAUUUGAGGGGGAAAAAAGCACAUGUAUGCUUUGUUUAUGUAUUUUUUAUUGAAGGCAGAAAAAUAACAAAUCAUUUGAUACAGAGAGACAGAAUGGACUAUGAAAGGAUGAGGUGAGGAGGCUGCAAAGACACCAAUAAGAGCUAACAUCUAUGGAGUAUUUACUAUGUGCCAGGCAGGGUUUGGCUUUGAAGACUAUGCUGGAAAAUCUGAAAUUCAUUCCACAGCCCUUAGGAGCCAUGGAUGAUUAGUGAUUAGAAAACAGACAUGUUCAGAUUGUACUUUAAGAAGUCUACCUGUAAGAUUAAUGCAUGUAAAAUGAAUUGGAUGGAGGCAAAAAUGAAAGGCAGGAAUACCAACAAGGAAGAUGAAAAGUCCGGUCAAGAAGGGCUCAGGACUCAUCAUGUUGCGCUUUUUUGGCUGUAAGGAAGAGAGGCUUGUGCAGGCCAUUUUAAUAUAAGGUGUUUGUUUAUAGAAUAUGAAGAGAUUAAAACAGUAACUAGACCUGAAUACCUGCAGGAUCUAAGACAGCUCUGAAAUAGAGAGGUCUCUCUCUAUCCCUCUCUCUCGUGGUCUCUCCCUUACACUUCGUGUCUGCUCCACUCUCCUCUUGGGCUCCAAGGCCAUCCUCUCCUUAGUUUCACAUCCAAACCACAGAAAGAGCCUCUGAAGAAGAUUCAGUUAAUUAAAUCACCCCCACAGGUGUCCUCAGUCAGCAGCCUCCAGUGCACAAAGAACAGCUGGUUGAUCCUUCCCUGACUGGGUGGGCUGUGGGCUGGGCAAGUGGGGAGGAGGCAGCUGGACACACCUGGCACCAUAAUUAGUAUUUCUACUGGCAGUAUGUUCAGAGAAGCAGGGACAGCUUUUAUCUUAGACCAAAAGUAACUGAAUUAAGUACCAUUCUUCAUCAUGCCAUAGAUAGCGCUGUAACCUUGACCAAGUCACUUAUCUCCUAUGUCUUAGUUUCUUCAACAUUCAAAUGGAGAUAAAAGUAACAGCACUUUAGAAUUUAGUGUUUUUCAGAAUGACUAGCCACAUAUAAUUAACAUGAGGUUUCAUUUCUCUGGCUCUUUCAGUUAAGUAAGAAUAACAACACCUUAUUUGUGUAAUUAUAGCUUGCAAAUCAAGUUCACAUCCAUUUGAUUUGAUCCUCACGAAAACCCCUUAAGGUAGGUAAGACAGAUAUUUGUUAUGCCCAUUUUUCUGAGAUCCAGAGAGGUUACAUGACUUCCUGAAUGUCACACAGCUAUUAAGUGACGAAGCCAAGACUUGAAAUCUCAUCUUUAAACCCAAAUCUGAUGUGUUUUCCUCUUUCUGCCCCUGAAGGUUUGGGUUACUUGGUCUUACAGAAGCUGUGCAUAUGGCAGAUCUGGUGUAGAUAUCAAAAUGAUUGUCUUCCUGCUCUUUCUAUUCUUGUCUUCUUUUUUUUUAUAUGCCUCUCCAGUUCUUCUAUAUUUCUACUUUAUCAUAGGAGUCUCUGUUUGGCUUUUAGUAGUGAAGGGUUUGGUUGCGAAAGUUCCAUCACUUCCCUGGACGUUGAUCCUUGCUUCCUGGAUUGCAGGGACACACUCCAUCACGGUCACCACGCUCACCUCAGCUGGGAACAUUGGGGAGGACGGAAUUCUGAGCUGCACUUUUGAACCCGACAUCAAACUUUCUGAUAUCGUGAUACAAUGGCUGAAGGAAGGUGUUAUGGGCUUGGUCCAUGAGUUUAAAGAAGGCAAAGAUGACCUGUCGGACCAGGAUGAAAUGUUCAAAGGCCGGACAGCAGUGUUUGCUGAUCAAGUGAUAGUUGGCAAUGCCUCUCUGAGGCUGAAAAACGUGAAACUCGCAGAUGCCGGCACCUAUGAAUGUCACAUUAUCACUUCUAAAGGCAAGGGGAAUGCUAACCUUGAGUAUAAAACUGGAGCCUUCAGCAUGCCAGAGGUGAACGUGGACUAUAAUGCCAGUUCAGAGAGCUUGCGCUGUGAGGCUCCCCGGUGGUUCCCGCAGCCCACAGUGAUCUGGGCAUCCCAAAUUGACCAGGGAGCCAACUUCUCGGAAUUCUCCAACACCAGCUUUGAGCUGAACUCUGAGAAUGUGACCAUGAAGGUUGUGUCCAUGCUCUACAAUGUCACAAUCAACAAUACAUACUCCUGUAUGAUUGAAAAUGACAUUGCCAAAGCCACAGGGGAUAUCAAAGUGACAGACUCUGAGAUCAAAAGGCGGAGUCACCUACAGCUACUGCACUCAAAGGCUUCCGUGUGUGCCUCUUCUUUCUUUGUCAUCAGCUGGGUACUCCUGCCUCUCUCCCCUUACCUGAUGCUCAAAUAAUAUGACUUGGUCACACAAAAAAUGCAAAAUCAUUGGUCCAACAGAAUCCCAGGAAUCUACAGAACUAUUGCACCACCAGAUAUGACCUAGUUUUUUAUAUUUCUGGGGGAAAAUGAAUUCAUGUCUAGAGUCUGGAGUGGACAAACAAGAACAAGGGACAAAAAGAAGCCAAAAGCAACCACAAAAGACUCCAGUAUGAACAAGAUAAUUCUAUCUUCAAAGAUAUAUUAAAAGUUGGGAGAAUAAUUCAUCUGAACUGGAGAAAUAUGUUAAGACUGUUAAGUAAAAUGCAUUUUGGAGAUAAGUGUAUCCCUAGGUCUCAGGGACCUC